AUGCUCGGCGUUGAAGGCUACGGCAGCGACAGCGAUGCCGGAAGCGACAACGAGUCUGUCCCGCAGGUUCCAUUGAACUCCAAGGGCUCGUCUCUGACCAGCCAGCCCUCUACAUACGCCAAGAAGUCGACCUUCUCCCUCCCUCCACCUGUUGGUGCUGCCUCUUCGUCAAAGCCAUCCUCUGGGCUCGCGCUACCUCCACCGAAAACCAAGAAGGUCAAGAAGAUUGCUAUUGGUCUUCCUAGCCUACCAAAGGACGGCGACGAAGACAACUCUGAUUAUGACGAUCGUCCCGCUGCGAAGAAGCCUCGACUAGAAUUUGGGGCAGGUGCAUCUGCAUUGUUGUCCAUGCUUCCCUCUCCGAAGAACAAGGCUCCUGUGCUAGCUGCACCUGAGCGAGUGCUUGGAGGGGGUCGGGGCCCUGGUCUCGUGUUCAAGACAGCUCCGAGCCAAUCCGCUCGUACGACCACAGUGGAGGACGCGGCCGAAGACGCGGAGGAUGAUGCGGAGCAAGCCGACCCUCUAGACUCUUCAUAUUCGGCGUUACUCGAGGAGAGAAAGGAGGAGGAUAAGCCGUCACUUGCUUUCAUGCCCACUUCGGUGAAACGAGGAAAGGCGAAUAUCUCUGUCGAGGAGAAGCAUUCUGCACCGAUCUCGCGGCCAGCUGUAUCAUCAGCCCCUGCGGUAGACUUCUUUUCCCUCGGGUCCUCAUCCCAAGCAAGCUCCUCCAAACCCGCCAUCUCUACCGCGCCACCAGUGUCUUCCUCCGCAGCCCUACCUUCCUUCACUGCCGCACCUGCCGUUCAAGACUUCCAACCCCCAGAGCCCACACCUGAGGACCCUUAUCCCGGAUACUACAUGCUUCCUUCCGGCCAGUGGGCUGCCCAUGACCCCGCGUACUAUAAGAAGUUCUACGACAAAUGGAAAAAGGAGUACGAUGCACACGUCAGGGCGCUGGAGAAGGGCAAAAUCAAGGGUUUCGAGGGCGCAGAGGAGCAAGCGGAGGAAGUGAAUGCCCUCAAGGAGAUGGAGAGGGCGAAGAAAGAGAUCCAGGAAAGAGAGGAGCGGAAAGCACUCACCACUGCUGCUGCUGACGUACCUGCGGCUCCAAAGAUGAACAUAAAGGGUGCAGCAUUGGGAGGGAGAGCACGUUCGAGGCAUCAGCUCUCAACCCUACUCACGGAGGCGUACCAGAACCGAGAGGACUUGGAGGAGAAAAUCGCUCAGGGCAGACGAAAUCGCAAGGAAGCGGGUAACAAGUAUGGUGAGCUCAUUGCGUCUCGUUUACAUUCGACCCCCUCCUCAUGGUCUUACCCGAAAGGUUUCUAG